AUGUCGAGACUCUGGGGGGAGGUCUCGCGCGAAGCCGAGGUCUACCGGGCCCUCCAGCGUGCCCAAGAAUCGGCGGUUCCCGUCUUCAUCGGGACGAUCAACUCGGCCCAGACUUACUUCCUCCACGGCGCGGGAAGGAUCCGUCAUAUGCUCCUCAUGGGCUGGGGUGGCGAAAGCGUGGGCCAUACGCUAUACCGUAAGGGGCGGGUGGAUGACCGGCGGCGGCAGGCGGUUGCGGGCGGCAGAUGGGGCGGUGCAAAGGGAGCCGUUUACCGCGCCCAGCUUGCCGUCCGUUCUUUUACCUUGUCGCAGUUGCGUUUUUCUUCGGGCCAUGGUUUAUUGUCUCUGUGGGUUCCGCGUCCCUGGUUUCUGGUUCCUCCAAGCCCGUCGUCCCUGGAUCGCGAUCCUCAGCGGACCGUGGUCCGUUGUGGCUCAUCGUCAACGGCUGCUAGUCCCCGAUGGGUCUCGGUCCGCACAUCUUGGUCUCCUUAG